AUGAGUGGACAAAAAGUCAAGCCCAAAGCUACUGCUGCUGCUGAAAGUAGAAAAGCAACAUCAUAUGCAAUGCAAUCAAGACAUCGGAUGAGCCAGAAUUAUUUGGUAAUUUGGGUCAAUGGUAAUAUCGAUUCAAAUAAUGAAGAGUGUCAAAAUACAUUGGAGCAAUCGCGUGCAGUUGUCAGAGAAGUGAUUAUUUUCACAACAUCGGCCCAAUGUAUUCAAUAUCUGAAAGGUAUGGGUGACGAAAAGGCAUUUAUUAUUUCGUCAGGAGCCUUAGGACAAAACCUCGUAGAUGAAAUUCAUACGAUGACACAAGUUGAUGUCAUCUAUAUUUUUUGUGGUGACAAGGCGUGCCGUGAACAAUGA